CAGCGCUGAAGAGGCUGCCGUCUUGGCCAUGGUGACCCACGCGGCCCCUCACCCAGACCCAGUGAAGAAUCAACGUGAACCGAGUGUCUAGGAUGCGCUUCAGAGUCAGGUUCAUGAGGAACUGACCAGCUCAGAAAGUCUAUUGAGGACAAUGAGGUGUAUUUGCCGAACGAUGAGAUUUGGACCUAUGAUGUUGAUAGUGGGCUGUGGAAAAUGCACCUGAUGGAAGGGGAGCUCCCUCCCUCCAUGUCCGGAAGCUGCGGGGCAUGCAUCAACGGGAGGCUCUAUGUUUUUGGAGGCUAUGACGACAAAGGAUACAGCAACCGACUUUACUUUGUUGAUUUACGCACAAGAGAUGGAACUUACAUCUGGGAAAAAAUCACCAAGUUUGAGGGACAGCCACCCACACCACGUGACAAGCUCUCCUGCUGGGUGUAUAAAGACAGAUUAAUAUAUUUCGGUGGUUAUGGGUACAGGAGGCACAGUGAGCUUCAAGAAUGUUUUGAUGUCCAUGAUGCAUCUUGGGAAGAGCAGAUAUUCUGGGGGUGGCACAAUGACGUCCAUGUGUUUGACACAAAAACGAGGACUUGGUCUCAACCAGAAAUUAAAGGUGGAGUUCCACCACAGCCACGAGCCGCGCAUUCAUGUGCAGUUCUGGGAAAUAAGGGUUAUGUCUUUGGCGGACGCGUUUUGCAAACCAGGAUGAAUGACUUACACUAUCUGAACCUAGAUACCUGGGUCUGGUCUGGAAGGAUUUCUGUUAAUGGAGAAAGCCCCAAACACCGGUCAUGGCACACUUUAACAGCAAUCGCGGACGAUAAGCUUUUCCUAUUUGGUGGACUAAGUGCAGAUAAUAUUCCACUAAGUGAUGGCUGGAUUCAUAAUAUAAUAACAAACUGUUGGAAACAACUUAGACAUUUACCUUACACCAGGCCCAGGUUAUGGCACACAGCCUGUUUGGGAAAAGAAAACGAAAUAAUGGUAUUUGGUGGGAGCAAAGACAACUUACUUUUCUUGGAUACAGGUCACUGUAAUGAUUUAUUGAUCUUUCAAACACAGCCCUAUUCACUGCUCAGGUCAUGUCUUGACUGCAUUGGGAAAAAUGCGAUCAUUUUAAAAAGUCAAAUAUCUUUAUUACCUCCUAAACUUCUGCAGCAAGUCUUCCAAAAAAUAACAUUUUGGACUGCAGCCAAUUACCGAAAGGAGCAAAGAAUCCAAAAGGGAGAGACAGAAAAUAAGCAGCCUAGGGUCAGUAGCUGCUGAGCCCUCUGAGCCCAGUGUGUGAGCGUGUUUGCAUCAGACCACACAGUCCACCUCUGCUGAAGUGAAGGCUGCCUUGCAGGAUACAAGUGUUUGCCAAUGUGAUUCCAUGGUACAAGAUGUAUGGAAAUAAGACGUAGUUAAAGAUUUAUCUGUGUGUUUGUAAACUGAUUUUCUUAUAAAAGAAUAAGUGUUCUUUCUGGGAAUAAGUACAGUAACAACAGAUCUUAACUCAGUGUGUACUCUUUUCUUGAGAGAUUAUACAGAUUUGAAGAACAGACAUUGCUCUAAGAUCUUCAGAAAUCUUGUAACACAACUGUGGAUAUAGAUAUGGAAAUAUUCCUAGUUAGCUUCCAUAUAAGAUCACCUAAGUGGCUCCUUAAAUAGCACCAUCAGACCUUUCCCUCCACGUUGUUGAGCAGGCAAGCUCAUUCAGCUACUUCAGGCUUUGCCCUGCUAGGACCACGUGGUGGAGGUUGGUUUGCCUACAGCUUUGAAAUAUUGGGGUGUGGGUUAUUAGUAGCUUUGAGACAUGUAAAAUACACUUCGCCUUGGGAAACGUGUUCCUAACGUACUAUGUGUAAGUGACGUGGCGUGGUAAUCUGGUGUUUUUGACUCUGUGACCUCCCCGCACCCUGCUUGGGCUACCGUGCUCUACACACUUGAUGCUGCUCCAGCACCAGCCAUCCAGAAAGGGAGACCACACUGUUCCAUUCCUCAAGAUGGCACACAGCCAUUUGAGACACCUUUCUUCAUGUUGUUUGUCGUUUCCUGCCAUUACAAUUAAUUACUAAAGGGUUCAAUAGUAUGACAUUACCCCCUCACUGUUACUACGUAAGUUAUUUCUAAACUUUAAAAUGCUGGGAGAGUAUAUUUCUGUAUUGUAUAUAGUUUAUAGUGAGAAUUGUACUUCAUUAAACUGGAGAUAUAUUUUAUACACGCUGUAUUUCGGGUGUGUAAAGCUUCUAUUGAUGUGUUGGAAUUGUUUGUAUUUACAAUUUAUUUAUUGAACACAAUAGAAUUAUUGCCUCAC